AUGAAUUAUGGAAUCUUGGGUGUUGGCCUCAAUUGUGAAAAGACUACCGAACUAAAGCUGUUUAACAACCUCAUCUUCAUCAUUGAUAAAAUUGUGAGAGCAAACUUGGGUAGCAACAUUCGUCAGUUGUUGGACAGAAAUCUCACCAGCCUGUCUGAGAAACCAGCUCCCGAUGUUGUUGCGUUAUGUUUCCCUCCGUGGACCCUAAGAGAUGGGCCACAAUAA